GGGAGCUUAAUGUAAAUAUUCUGCUGUAAGGGUUCUUAAGUAACCGCAGGACUACAGAAGCCAUCGUUAUUACCUAAAGCCAAGCAGAGGGAGUAUAACGAAUGAUUGGUUUGGCACUUCUGCCUCUCUCUCUCUCUCUCUCUCUCUCUCUCUCUCUCUCUCUCUCUCUCUCUCUCUCUCUCUCUAGCUCAGAGGCCAGAGUGAGGCAAACUAAGUGAGGUAACUUUAAGCACACAGACUCACAACACACAGUGCGUGCUGCGGGAACCCCCGGCUGCUCUGACACUCGGCACGGCAGUUCCCUGUGCUACUCCGGGAAAAUAAUGACUUGGAAUGGAAGAAGCUGAGCUGGUGAAGGGAAGACUCCAGGCCAUCACAGAUAAAAGAAAAAUACAAGAAGAAAUCUCACAGAAACGUCUGAAAAUAGAAGAAGAAAAAUCGAAACACCAACAUCUCAAGAAAAAAGCCUUGAGGGAGAAAUGGCUCCUCGACGGAAUCAGCAGUGGAAAAGAACAGGAAGAGAUGAAGAAGCAAAAUCAACAAGACCAACACCAGACCCAGGUUCUAGAGCAAAGUAUCCUCAGGCUUGAGAAAGAGAUCCAAGACCUUGAAAAGGCUGAACUGCAAAUCUCAGCCAAUGAAGAGGCAAUUCUAAAGAAGCUAAAAUCUAUUGAGAGGACAACAGAAGACAUAAUAAGAUCUGUGAAGGUAGAAAAGGAAGAAAUACCAGAAGAGUCAAUUGAGGACAUCUAUGCUAACAUCCCUGACCUUCCAAGUUCCUAUGUACCUUCCAGAUUAAGAAAGGAAAGACAUGAAGGCCAAGAUGAUGAUGAACAAAACAGAAAAGCUUUGUAUGCCAUGGAAAUUAAAGUUGAAAAAGAUUUGAAGACUGGAGAAAGUAUUGUUCUGUCUUCAAUACCCCUCCCAUCAGAUGACUUUAAAAGCACAGGAAUAAAGGUAUACGACGAUGGGCAGAAGUCAGUCUACGCCGUCAGCUCCAAUCAGAACACAACCUACAAUGGCACGGAUGGCCUUGCACCAGUUGAAGUGGAGGAUCUCCUGAGACAAGCCUCAGAGAGGAACUCUAAGUCACCCACAGAGUACCAUGAGCCCGUGUAUGCCAAUCCGUUUUGCAGGCCUCUGACCCCACAGAGAGAAAGAGUAAGCCCUGGACCAAACUUUCAAGAAAGGAUAAUGAUGAGAGCUAACGGACUAGGCAACCAUGCCAAUGAAUCCAUGCACAAUCUGAACGAUGGGCUUUCAGAAGGGAGAAGCAAUGGUCCCUCUCACACCAGCCCUACUCGGCCAACACCUCAGCCCCGAUCAACCAUUCAGCAAGCAGAAGAGAUGGUCCACACCCAGCAAAAGAGGGUGGGGACUCCCUGGGAAGAAUCGAACACCAGACAGAACGAACAUGAGGUUUCUCCAAGGACAGGACUGAGCCCCCGCAGAGCGAGUCCUGAGAAAUCAAGACCUCAGGGUUCUUCACCCACUUUCCAGGAGGAGGCUGAAGAUGUAAGAUACAACAUCGUUCAUUCUCUGCCUUCUGAUGUGGAUGACGCAGAACCGGUGACGAUGAUUUUCAUGGGGUAUCAGCAGGCAGACGACAUUGAGGAAGAAAAGAAGCUUCUGACGGGGUACGAUGGGGUCAUCCAUGCCGAGCUGGUUGUGAUUGAUGACGAGGGGGAGGAGGAUGAAGGACAAGCCGAAACGCCAUCCUACCAUCCCGUAGCUCCCUGUAGUCAGGUUUACCAGCCAACCAAACCAACCCCGCUUCCUAGAAAGAGAUCAGAAGUUAGACCUCAUGAAAACACAAACCAUAAAUCUCCCCACAAAAAUUCCAUAUCUCUGAAAGAGCAAGAGGAACGCUUAGGCAGUCCUGCCCACCACUCUCCCCCGGGCAUCCCAAUGGCUGGAGAUGGGACUGAGGAUCCGUCCUUAACAGCUUUAAGGAUAAGAAUGGCAAAGCUGGGGAAAAAGGUCAUCUGAGAGCCUUAGUGCCCACCUGAAGAACCUUGGGAGAAGCCAAGAAAUGCCUGAAAAUUUCUCUUCUGAAUACUUUUAUUUCUUUUUCCCAAAGUCCAAAUAUAUAUAUAAUUAUUCCCAUAGUAAGCCACAUAAAUAAAUAGUAGUCUUUAUUCAUGAAAAAAAUCCCCCCCAAACUGGGGAAAACAAAUGCUAACUUUUCCAGUUACUUGACAUGACUCAGUGGGUCGGGGGAACCAGUAUAUUUUUAUUGUCUUGAUACCAAAGCAUUUCUAAUAAGAGCUUGUUAAAUUUAAGAAUAAAGUUAUUUAAAAUA